GUUAAAAAUAAAAAUGGCGAUGCCCGGAUCAGGAAGAACAGCAAGUGUACUGUCAUCUGUUACUUUCCAGCUGCUACUGACACUGACAUCAGUCUACUUUGUCCUCUAUUUCCUGUUCACCCUCGGCUUGAUCAUCACAAAGAGCCUGAUGCUGACUUACCCUGCCGAUGCUCUGGUCUGUGAUGUCGGUCUCCUGUUUCUCCUGGCUGCUCUGAACUUGCUCCAUUUAUUCUGUGGUGUGAAGGGCAACCUGAUGGAGAGUGAGGGUUAUAUUCUGGGUAACCUCUUUGUGACGGGGACAACUAUCCUGCUGACGGUCUACUUCCUGGUGUGGCAGACAUACGUGAUGAGAGCAGACGUGAUCAUCAGCAGUGUCCUACUCGUUGCCUAUGGCUUAGAUGGAGUCCUGGCUUUCAGCACUUUAGCACGACUGGCCAGUGCGUAUUCCUGAAAAAGCCUCCUCUCCUUUGUCGUGAUGUAUGCUACAGCUGAACUCGCAGCCCAUCUUUGAAAUAACAUAUGACAGUUUGAAUAUCUGUAAGGUGAAGAUUGUUUGUUGGGACUUUUAUUUUUAUAGCUGACUUUAUACAAGUGAGUGUUUUAACUUUUGCAGUGAAGGUCACUCAGGGAUUUCACUUUGGUGCAGUCAGGCCUCUGUGUCAUAGAAAACACAGUCACAGAUUGUAUUUUUAUUCGUUAUUUCCUUACAUUGUUCUGUAUAUUUUUUCGUGUGUCAAAGAUAAAAACUAUAUUUGUGUUAUUUUUGAUCAUUUAUUGAUCAUCAUUUACUAUUAAACAUACUACAUCUAAAU